AUGCUCUUUUCAAUUUCCACUCUCACGCUGCUUGCUGGCUUUGCCUGCGCACAGUUUCCUGUUGAGCCCAGUGACGUGGCGGUAGUCACGUCAGAACUGAAUUCUGAAGUUCAAAUCACGUAUAAAGAGGUGCCCGGGGAAAUUUGCGAGACUACGCCUGGGGUUAGAACGUUCUCGGGAUAUGUGCAUCUUCCACAGAGUGUCUUGACCGACCUGGCCGUUACAUUCGACAUUCAUACAUACUUUAUCUACUUCGAGGCACGCAACAAUGCAGAUAAUGCACCACUGGUCAUCUAUCUGGCAGGGGGGCCCGGUGAGAGCUCUAUAUUCACUGCCUUCAAUAGUGAAGGAGGGCCCUGCUACGUGAGCUUCGAUAUGACCGAGACGGUCCUGAAUCCAUGGUCUCUGAACAAUGACGCGAACGUUCUAUACAUCGAUCAGCCUGUCGGCGCCGGAUUCUCCUAUACGUCUUUGGUCAACGGUACAUACAACAUGAGUUCGAACGAGAUCACACCUUUGGAUGUCUAUGAUGGGGAGGUUCCUCCAGAUGGGGCGGAUUUUGGCAGGGGCACCUAUUCUAAUCCGGAGAUUUGGGCCACCACCAAUACCUCUAUCUCAACCGCGCGGGCUCUGUGGCACUUUGCCGAACACUGGCUGACUCAGUUUCCUGAGUACAAGUCCUCCAACAAGAAUCUUGGGAUAUGGGGAAAUUCCGCUGGAGGAUUCUGGGCCCCGACAAGUGCGGCGCACUUCGAUCGAAAAAUCAAGGAAGCUAGCAGUGAUUCUUCAUUGCGCGAGUGGACAAUCGACAACGUUGGUAUUACCAACGGCGCCGUCAACUUCGAAAUUGACAUGCCUUUCAAUCCGGAAUUCGUCUACAACAAUACGUACGAGCCGCUCAUCUCGGAAGAGAUGUAUAAUGACGCCCUCGACGCUUUUACGCAAGAGGGCGGCUGUGCAGACCUGAUCGCGCGGUGUCGAAGGGCUGCUGCACGAGGCGACCCUGACGGAACGGGGACCAAUGAGACAGUGAACGAGAUGUGCCGGGAAGCAAAUGCUUUCUGCCUGAUCAACGUUGGUAGCACAAUUGCGGUCGCGAACGUGUCGGUUUUCGACAUUGCCGCUGAGAAAAGACCCGAUGGGAAUGAUGGGUGUCCAUAUUACUUCCCGGCAGCCCUCUACCUAAACUCAGAGCCGGUUCGGCAAGCCCUUGGAGUACCUCUGAACUUCACCUAUAUCUCCCAGGCUACGUUGGACGUCUACUCGACCAGCCUGCCAAGCAAAGCCGACGUUGGCACAGGAGAUGCCUUCAGAGGAAACAAGAGCCACAUCGAAUACUUGCUGCAGAAUGAUGUCAAAGUUGCUUUGGUGUACGGAGAUCGAGAUUCCCGCUGCCCUUGGCUAGCUGGUGAAAACCUUGCGCUCGUUUUGGAACACGAUUCUCAGGCAGAAUAUAACCAAGCUGGAUACGAAUUCAUCGUCACCAACGACACCUAUCAGGGCGGCGCUGUCAGACAAUUCGGCGGGCUGAGCUUCUCGCGCGUCUUCCAGGCCGGUCAUUCCACCAACGCUUACCAGCCCGAAACCGUCUAUCGCAUCUUCAACCGCACCCUUGGCGGCAAGGAUGUAGCGACCGGGAACAAGGAUGCCAGCAAUGGUUAUUCUACCGAAGGACCAUCUAGCAGCUACGACUUCGUGCAACAGGAGCUGCCAGCAAAAGCGGACACUUGUAUGGUGCUUGGCACGUUCGAUGAGAUUUCAGUUCUGGAUGCGGCCGCAUCGGCACAAUCGCCAGCAGAGGGCGACGACGCGGAGGGCGGAUCUGACAGCGACAGUGACAGCGAUAGCGACAGCGGCUCUUCGUCCUUGUCUGUUAAAGCACAGCCGAAUUGGCUCCUGGCUCUUUGGGCCUUGCUUGCCGCUGGUGGGAUCCGCCUACUGGCUUAG